CCCCACCUUGUGGGGCAACCCGUUACCCGUAACUCUCUCCCUCCCUCACGUUUCCAUUUUCAGCUAUCACUCCUUCUUCUCUCUUCUCCCCGGCACCAACUUUAUCGUGCAUGCAAAUUAUCAACGUUUUAACCUAUCAACUUCAUUUUUCUUCCGCAUUAACAUUAACUAUAUAUAAAAUUUCAAGUUUCUUUUAACUAUUCCGAUCCGCCAUUAAUCUAUUUCUUCAGUCAGCUUUACUGACCAUAUAUAUAUAUAUACAUAUUUGGAUCAUCCAUCGGUAUAAUUGUUUCUAUACAAGAGGAUUUCGCAGAUCGUCCAUAUCUUUAUCCUAUUAAGCUAUCAAGAGGAUUACUCUUUUUUUUUUCUUUUUUUUUAUUCGAGUUCAGACACAGAGACGAAUUUAGAAUAUAAAUUUGAUGGAUCAACUUUUUAAGUUAUGACUAUUGAAUUGAAUCCAUCUGAUCACAUUAUGAGUUCGAAAUUUAAUGCUAUAUUACUAUUUGAUAAAAUUUCGCGUUAAAAUAUUGGGUUCAGUUGAACACGAUUAGGAGGAGGAGAAGGUGGGGCAGGAUGAGCUUGGUGGUAAAGGUGGCUCUACUCUUCUUCAUUUUUAAUGGCUGUAGCUUCAUCAAUGCAGACACAGAUCCAUCCGACGGUUCUGCCCUGAGAGUGAUGUAUAGCUCCCUAAAUUCACCGGGGCAGCUUACGAAAUGGAGCUCAUCAGAAGGUGGUGAUCCUUGUGGAGAAUCCUGGAAAGGCAUUACUUGCUCGGGCAAUAGAGUAACUGAAAUCCAGAUAUCCGGUUUAGGACUAUCCGGAUCAAUGGGAUACCAACUAACGAGUUUAACAUCUGUAACCAACUUUGACUUAAGCAACAAUAAUCUCGGAAACCAGAUACCUUACCAGCUUCCUCCAUAUGUAAAGAGACUCAACCUUGCUGGUAAUGGUUUUACCGGUGUCCUACCUUAUUCCGUUUCACAAAUAACUUCCCUUCAAUACUUAAAUGUUAGUCAUAAUCAAAUUCAAGGAGAACUAAAUGACAUGUUUGGAUCACUUUCUUCUCUCAACACAUUGGAUAUCUCUUUCAAUUCAAUGACCGGUAAACUUCCUCAAAGCUUUAAGUCACUGACUAGCAUGAAGAAAAUCUACCUGCAGAACAACCAGUUCACUGGAAACAUUGAUGUCCUCGCCAAUCUUCCUCUUGGCGAUCUGAAUAUUGAAAACAAUCAGUUUACUGGUGGGAUUCCUGAGAAGUUUAAAAAGAUAAUGCAAAAAUCUACCAGUAACACAGGGAGUUCAGAGCCUGCAACCCCUGCGAAUAAAUCCACUCAAAGUCACAAAUCAGGAGGCAAUGGCAAUCCUUCCAGCGGUGGAGGUAAAAGUGAUAGUGGUGAGAAAUCUGGUAUUAGUGGUGGAGGCGUUGCAGGCGUAGUGAUAUCAGUUUCAGUGGUUGGAGCAGUUGCAGUAAUCUGUAUUAUCAAAAAAAGACGCAGGAAGUCGUCAACAGACAUAGAAAAACUUGACGUUCAGCCAUUUGUUCCUGAGACACAUGAAGUACAAGAUACGAAACUCAGUCAAGCUCCAUCCAUAGCAAGCAUGGAAGCUAUUGAAACUCCCACUGUAGUGUCUCUAAGACCUCCCCCUAUUAAUACUCAUAAAUCCAUUGGUGGAGAUGAAAUUUCAGAAAAACUCAUUGUUCCACAGAAGAAAACUCGUACAGCUGAAAGAAAAGUUGUGCAAUUUUCAAUUGAAGACGUACAGAUAGCUACUGACAGCUUCGGUUUAGAAAAUCUUAUUGGUGAUGGAUCUAUUGGAAGUGUAUAUCGAGCUCACUUUGACAGUGGCAAAGUUCUCGCUGUCAAGAAACUUUAUUCAUCUGAGCUCCGGAAUCCUGAAGAUUUUCUAAAGAUGAUUCCUGAAAUAUCCCAGCUGGAUCAUCCAAAUGUAACAGAACUAAUUGGUUAUUGCUCAGAAGAUGAGCAGCACCUGCUGGUUUAUGAAUUCCACAGAAAUGGUUCUCUGCAUGAUUUUCUGCAUCAGAUGGAUGAAGACAACUCGCAACUAACAUGGGAUAGUAGAGUUCAGAUUGCACUUGGCACAGCAAGAGCACUAGAGUAUCUACAUGAAGCUUGUUCUCCAUCUUUAGUUCAUAAAAAUAUAAAAUCUGAAAAUAUUUUACUUGAUGCUGAUCUCAAUCCUCAUCUAUCAGACAGUGGGUUAGCAAACCUUAUGGCUGAUGUAGAUCAGGGAUUGAACCAUAAUAUAGAGUCUGGAUAUGGCGCACCGGAGGCUGCUAUAUCUGGGAAGUGUACUACCAAGAGUGAUGUAUACAGCUUUGGAGUUGUUAUGUUGGAACUUUGUACUGGUCGAAAACCUUUCGAUAGCACAAGACCAAGAUCUGAACAGUCUUUAGUUAGAUGGGCAACCCCUCAGCUUCAUGAUAUUGAUGCCCUGGAAAAGAUGGUUGAUCCAUCUCUCUCGGGAUUAUAUUCUGUCAAAUCUCUUUCCCGGUUUGCUGAUGUUAUUGCUCUCUGUGUUCAGCUUGAGCCUGAGUUCCGGCCACCUAUGUCUGAAGUGGUUCAAGUAUUAGUCCGGCUAGUGCAACGAGCAAAUAUGAGCAAGAGGUUACACAAUAAUGAUCAGGACUGAAGAGAAAUACUCAAGACCUGCUGAUUGUUACAAACAAAUGGUUCUCUUGAACUGUUUGCUGCUAUGGGACAUCCUCUGAUGCUGGUCAGCCCAGUAAUUUCUUCGGUGCAGUUGUAUUUGAUUAAAUACCAUAUGCUAAAAUAUAAUUCCUUCACAAUAUAUAUAUUAUACAUAAAUUAUAUAUACAUGAAUGGUUACCAGCAUUUGUACUCUGUUACAAGAUGUUAGCAACGACAGGUUAAUUGCCUUCUAACAGAAAAACACAGCAUGACUCUUGAUAAA